AACCCACUUUUUGGGUUUUUGGAGCCUCAGCAGGCGCCGUGGAGUUUCGCCAACGUCACUUAUAGUCCUGCGUCGCUCUUUGUUCCUGCCGUGACCGCCGACUGUGGAAGCUUCGCUCGACCAGUUUCGCAGGUGCAGGUGCAGCCGCCCGUCGCGCCUUCUUGCACUGUGCAGUUCCGCCUCGCAUCCUCCGUCACUCCCGCAACGUCGAACCGGCGCCAUGGGGGCCUCGCUGGCUGAAGCUACCGAGCUUAAGAACAAGGGGAAUGAGGCGUUCAAGCAGCAGGACUGGCCCGCGGCUGUCGAUUGGUACACCAAGGCCAUUGACGCCUACGACAAGGAGCCCGCAUUCUACACGAACCGCGCGCAGGUGGGUGGCUAUAGUGGCGUGCACGCGACCACGCACUGACAGGCUGAGACAGGCGAAUAUCAAACUUGAAGCGUACGGCUCAGCGAUACUAGAUGCGAACAAGGCGAUUGAGCUCGACCCCAACAAUGUCAAGGUACGGGCUGGCUUUCCGUCUCUAGCUCGACGGGCGACUUACAGAACCCGCAGGCAUACUACCGCCGCGCCUCCGCGAACACCGCGAUACUCCACCACCGAGAGGCGCUCCGAGACUGGAAGCUCGUUGUCAAGAAAGCGCCCAACGACAAUGUGGCCAAGAUGCGCAUGACGGAAUGCGACAAGGUCGUGAAGCGAGACGCAUUUUUGAAGGCAAUUGAAGUUGAGGAUGCGCCGUCAGCGGCCGAGGGCUUGGAUCUGGAGCACAUGGUUGUGGACGCUUC